AUGGCACCAGCUAAUGUAGAGGACACUGGGGCAGACAUUCCUGCAGACACAGGCGCGCAGGCUGCUCAGGAUGAGCAUGAGGGAUUUCCGGGUGGUCCGAGCAACCCAUCCGUGCUGACCCAGUAUGCGGAUCACGUUGCUUGCAGUGUAUGGACGGGAGAGGAGUGUCCUGAGUUCAAGUUAUCCUCUCAUGGGAGGAAGGUCCAUAGUUUAGGCAGGCCUGUCCCUGCCAUUGAGGGACUAGUUGUUGGGACAGGACUAAGUCCUCUGAUCGCGUGUUCGAUAGACACUGGCGAUCGGGGACUUUUGUCCUCAUUUGUUAAGCGGUGGCAUCGAGAGACGUCUAGUUUCCAUCUCCCUGUGGGAGAGGUGACGAUCACGUUGGAUGACGUCUCGUCGCUUUUGCAUCUUCCCGUGGUUGGCAACUUGCAUGUCUUUCAGCCCUUGCACGUGGAUGAUGCGAUUCAGAUGCUGGUGGACUUAUUGAUGGUCUCUGCAGAGGCCUCCAGGGCUGAGACAGGGCAGUGUCAUGGACCGUACGUACGCCUGCAAUGGGUACGUGAUAUCUACGAGCGCCGAUGCCAGGCAGGUCAUUGGACAGCUGCGGCUCGCGCGUAUCUUCUUCAUCUUCUGGGUUGCUCUCUAUUUGCUAACAAGAGUGCAACCAAUGUUCAUGUUGUGUAUUUGGAGGCCCUUCGCGACCUCAGUCAGACGGGGAGGUGGAUUGCCACGAAGAAGACCGUGAAGAGCAUACAUACACCGGUGUACAGGGAGUGCCUGGACCGACUCCAGAUUCCGGAUGUUUGUUGGAUCCCAUAUGGGGAGCAUCAACCAGUCCGGGACUUCCAUAUGAUUUCAUGCUAUUCUGGUCUCCUGCGGUGGGGGCCUGUUGUUGUGUAUUACCGACCAGAGAGGGUCAUGCGGCAGUUUGGAUACACCUAG